CAUCAUCUCUCCGCGAUCCCCAUUUCUCAAUUGCACCACCCACAACGCGUCGCACAACAUUUUCACCGCGGAAAUGUCUUCCUCACGCGCGCUCGUCCGCUCCUCUCGAGCUCUCCUCCGCUUCUCCCGCCCCUUCUCCGCCUACAGCCCUCGCCAACACCCCGAGCCUAAAAAUGACUUCUCAAAUCUCAACAAGCGCGGCAACCCAAACUGCGAGGAAUACCGCAAAUUCCAGAUGCAGACGCCGCUGAACCCACAUCUGACUGGCACGACGAGCGCGAUCGCCAACGAUCUGCCAUCCGUGGGUGAGAACGCAUCCCCGCCGGAUAUGCUUGCGGCUGCGAAUAAGGCGGGGGAGCAAGGGAAGGGCGACCCGGUGGAUUCAGUACCGGAGAAUAUGGAGAGGAUGACGGGCGGGACGCAGGGUGGGUCGAAUAAGGGGGCAAGUGCAUCGGGACAGCCGAAAGGAACUUCUGGCGAGCUCAAUGCGGGUCAAAAGGAGGGAACGGAGCUGGGAGUCGGUGAGCUCGAGGGCGCGAAGUUUAAAAUUGAGCCUAUGAGGAGGACAGGCGAGGAUGAAGCCACGAUGCGUGCGCGGUUGCUAUAUCAAUCCCGCAAGCGUGGCACCCUCGAGUCCGAACUCCUCCUCAGCACCUUCGCCGACGCCUACCUGCACAAAAUGACGCCCGCUCAACUCCAGCAAUAUGACCGCUUCCUCGACGAAAAUGAUUGGGAUAUUUACUACUGGGCGACGCAGGAACCCACACCUACGUCCCUCGAGACGGCAGAAGGGGCCAAGGAUGAGUGGAAGCGCGAGCCUGCUAAGGGGGAGUGGGCGCAGACGGUGGGCACGUUUAAGCCGGCGUAUAGGCCCGUCCCGCAGAGGUGGAAGGAUAGCGAGAUUCUGAGUAUGCUGAGACAGCAUGUUAAGGAGAGGAGUACGGGAGGUGAACAAGGUGGGGAGGGUAAGGGGAAGGAGGGUAAGGGAUUGGGGAUGAUGCCGGACAUUAAGACUUUUGAUCAGUGAGGUGUUGGCCAUUGCAUACUGGAUCAUUGGACGUCUCUUUGUUGUAAGAUAUGUACGAGUUGGACUACGGAGACAAAACAGUGGAACGUGUUAUUAGUCGCGGCUCUGCGCUUUUGUCAGUUCAUUGUGAAAAUCGCAAACGUUGUUGGUCCGGGCCCUGCUAUUGGGCUUGAAUAUUGUCAUCAUGUACUGCGCCUUCUCAUAUCGAAUUGAACACCAUCCUGCACCCCUUAGGUAGAGUAGAUUACCUGGUCAGCCCAACUCGACUGUCUCAGUCCUAUUAAGAAAGACUAUGAGUGGAG